ACACAAGCGAUCUCUACUCCUAUAGUUUCUAUAACCCCCACAAAAGCGUCCAGGUCCCACAGUCACCUCCGAUUGCAUUGUGUUGCCGCAAGACAAGCAUGGCAAGGACUCGUUUCGUGGCCGUCGCCGCCCUCCUCACAAGCUUCCUCUCCGUCGCUGUUGGGCAGCCCCGGCCACUGCCCGCCGCCGUCCUCCCGAGCGAUCUUUUCGGGCUGGGCAUCGCGUCGAGGAUCCGCACGGACCGCAACUCGACGGCUAAGGCGGCGACGGACUUCGGCCAGAUGGCGAGGGCAGCGCCGGAGGCCGUGUUCCACCCCGCCACGCCGGCCGACAUCGCCGCGCUCGUCCGGUUCUCCGCCUCGUCGGUCGCUCCGUUCCCUGUGGCGCCGCGCGGGCAGGGCCACUCCUGGCGCGGCCAGGCGCUCGCCCCGGGCGGCGUCGUCGUGGACAUGGGCUCGCUGGGGCGCGGCCCCCGCAUCAACGUGUCCGUCGCGGAGCCGUUCGUCGACGUCGGCGGGGAGCAGCUGUGGGUCGACGUCCUCCGCGCCACGCUGCGACACGGCCUGGCGCCCCGCGUGUGGACCGACUACCUCCGGCUCACCGUCGGCGGCACGCUCUCCAACGCUGGCAUCGGCGGGCAGGCGUUCCGGCACGGCCCGCAGAUCGCCAACGUGCAUGAACUCGACGUCGUCACAGGCACAGGUGAGAUGGUGACAUGCUCCAUGGACGUGAACUCGGACCUGUUCAUGGCGGCUCUAGGUGGGUUAGGCCAGUUCGGGGUCAUAACCAGGGCACGGAUCCGGCUUGAGCCGGCGCCCAGGAGGGUGCGCUGGGUUCCACUUGCCUACACCGACGUCGCUACUUUCACCAAGGAUCAGGAGUUUCUCAUAUCGAACCGGGCUAGCCAAGUCGGGUUCGACUACGUCGAAGGCCAGGUCCAGCUCAGCCGGUCCUUGGUCGAAGGUCCCAAAUCAACACCCUUCUUCUCCGGCGCCGAUCUUGCUAGGCUUGCUGGACUCGCGUCGAGGACCGGACCUACUGCGAUAUACUACAUCGAAGGCGCCAUGUACUACACCGAGGACACCGCGAUAUCUGUGGAUAAGAAAAUGAAGGCACUCCUGGAUCAGCUGAGCUUCGAGCCAGGGUUUGCGUUCACCAAGGACGUGACGUUCGUGCAGUUCCUCGACCGGGUGCGCGAGGAGGAGAGGGUGCUCCGGUCAGCCGGCGCGUGGGAGGUGCCGCACCCAUGGCUGAAUCUCUUUGUCCCGCGGUCGCGCAUCCUCGACUUCGACGACGGCGUGUUCAAGGCUCUACUCAAGGACUCCAACCCAGCUGGGAUCAUCCUCAUGUACCCCAUGAACAAGGACAGGUGGGACGACCGGAUGACAGCGAUGACCCCAGCCACGAACGACGACGACGUGUUCUAUGCCGUCAGUUUCCUUUGGUCAGCACUGUCUGCAGACGACGUGCCCCAGCUCGAGAGAUGGAACAAGGCAGUGCUGGACUUCUGUGAUCGGUCGGGGAUAGAAUGCAAGCAGUACCUGCCACACUACACAUCUCAAGACGGGUGGCGACGGCAUUUCGGCGCGAAAUGGAGCAGGAUCGCUGAGCUGAAGGCCAGAUAUGACCCUCGGGCGUUGUUGUCGCCCGGCCAGAGGAUUUUCCCGGUGCCAGUAGAGGCAUCUGGCAUUGCUUCUGCCUGAUUGACUGUUUGGUUCGUGGCUAAACCUGCCACACUUUACCUAAGGUUAGUCGUUCAAAUUGAAUAACUAACCUUAAGCAGAAAAGUUAGGUAAAGUGUGGCAAGUUAGUCAUCAAACCAAACAGACCCUCAUGUAUAUCUUAGGUCUUUCAUAGUAAGGUAGGUCUAUUUUGUAUUAAUUAGGAAGCAAUAGGGUACUGAUUAGGAAGCAAUAGGGUACUGACUUUAAUCUUUUUUAGAGGUCUAUUUGUACAAAAAAAAAUGGGUUGUUAAGAAGGUGAAAGCCAACGCAAGGGUGGUAAAAGAGAAUUAUAGAAAUUAAGCCAGCCAUUGGUGGCGACGGCUGCAA